AAACGAGGCGACAACAAGGCAGCAUACCCAAGCGACAGUCAUCUCGCUCACGCGUUUACGAGGUGUAAGGAUGCCUCUGGACACCAACCGUAAGGAGCAGCUGUUGAAAACGCUGAUGGAGCUGGGGGAGGACGACUUCCAAUCCUUUAAGUUCUACACAGACCUACCUCUAAGCGUAUGUGAAAACUCCAGCCGGGUGUACAUUGCUGUUGAGCUGGUGAAGAAGCAUGGGGAGAACGUUCUGGAGGAGACGGUCAAGAUUCUGGAGAGGAUCGGUAACAAUAACUUGGCUGAGAUUUUGCGUCACAACAUUCUGGAAAUAACAGGUCAAUGCUGCUUUCUUGCAGGACCAGUCUUCUCCGUCCACGAUGAUGACGAUAAGCUUGCCAGAUUGAAGGGGGAGCUGCAAGACAACCUGCGGCGUUUAUACAACUUUGCUUCUGAGGGCAACAACGAGCGCUGGCGGCAGCAGCCUCUGACAGAUGUCUACACGGAGCUGGACAUCACCUAUGGGGCAGACAUCAGCCCCGACGAGCGGCACGAGGUCCUUCAGAUGGAGACGUGCACCGCGGCCAAGGAGUCUAUUCUGCUUUGCGACAUCUUCAAAAGCCCUGACGGAAAGCAGCGACCGAUACGCAUGCUGCUUACCAUCGGGUUCGCGGGAAUUGGAAAAACCUUCCUAGUUCGAAAGUUUGUGUGGGACUGGGCCAACGGGAAUGCCAAUCAGGACGUGCACUUCAUAUUUCCCUUCACUUUCCGCGAGUUGAACAUGGACAAAGGAAGGAGCUUCACGUUGGCCGAGCUCAUCCGACUCUACGUGUGCGAGAACAGGCACAUGAGCGAGGAAUCGCUGAACAAAAUAUUUGCCGACCUGCAGACGUCCGGGAAGCGGGACUACGAAAGCAGUAGUAUCAAGAUCCUGUUUGUACUGGACGGACUGGACGAGUGCAACUUCAAAAUGGACUUGAAGAACCACACCAAAGUGGACGUGGAUAUCGAGAAGGCUUACCCGCUGGAGGUGCUACUGGCGCACCUCGUCAAAGGGAACUUGCUUCCUUGCGCCCGGGUUUGGAUUACCACGCGGCCCGCGUCGGCCCACGAUAUCCCCUCCGACCUCAUCGACAGCCGAACAGAGGUGAGAGGAUUCAGCGAUUCCCGGAGGCUGGAGUACUUCAUGAAAAGGUUCCCAAAUAAGGAGAGCAUCAUUGAGCACAUUCGGAAAUCUCGCACCAUCUUCAUCAUGUGCCACAUUCCCAUCUUCUGCUGGCUCAUCGCCACAGUUCUUCAGGAUCAUUUGGACAAAGGAAAGGAGGGAGAGCUUCCCACAACGCUGACUGACAUGUACUCAGCGUUUGCAGGUCACCACCUGGAAAACUCCAAGGAGAGAAAUACAACAGAGUACAUCCUUUACGUGAAAGCCCUGGCAAAGCUGGCCUUUCACCACACCAUGAAUAUGUGUCAGAUCUUCUACGAGAAGGAUCUGGCAGACAGCGGCUUUGAUUACGGCCAAGCUGCAAAACACUCUGGUUUAUUCACAGAGGUGUUUAGGGAGGUCCCUCCGCUCAGGAGAAGCAAACAAAAGAUGUUUCAGUUCAUUCAUCUGACCAUCCAGGAGUAUCUGGCCGCACUAUACGUGAUGAUGAGCCUCUUCCACGACAACAAGAACGUACUGAAUGAUUCAAGAUGGAAAAAAAUAAACCAGAAGGCAAUCACUGAGGUCCACAAGUCAGCUCUCCAGAAAGCCUCGAAGAGUGGAGGAAACCUGGACCUGUUCCUCCGCUUCCUCUUUGGCCUUUCCUUGCCGUGCAACCAGCAACUAGUUGGGGAACUGCUGAAGGCUCCUCAGGACUGUGAGCAAAGUAAGUCAAAGACAGUCGAGUUGAUCAAGAAAACAAUCAAACGGAACACUCCAGAGAAAAACGUCAACUUGUUCUACUGCCUAAACGAGCUGAAGGACGACUCCUUGCUGAAAAAGAUCCAGGAGGAACUAGAUUCAGGACGUCUCUCCUGCCGUCAAAUGUCAAAUGACAUGUGGUCAGCCCUGGCCUUUUUCUUACUGACAGAUGAUGAAACCACAAAGUCCUUUGAUCUUCGCAGCUACUCCCCAUCGCCGUUGGGGCUCGAGAAGCUGCUGUUGGUGGUCAAGGCUUCUCAAACAUCCGAUCUAGGCAGUUGUCAUCUGAACAAACGCAGUUGUCAACUGCUGGCUUCAGUUCUCAGCGCUCCAUCCAACCUGAGGCAUCUGUACCUGACAUUCAACAACGAUUUGUCGGACGAGGGGGUCAAGAUCCUCUCAAACGGACUGGCCAGUCCACACUGCAUCUUAAAAGUCCUAAAGCUAAGACAAUGCAGGAUCACAAAGCGAGGAUGUGUUUCAUUGGCCGAGGCUCUCAAGUUAAACCCCUCCCAUCUUCAAGAGCUGGACCUGAGCUCGAACAAUCUGUCGGAUGAAGGGGUUGAGAUCCUCUCGAAAGGACUGACCAGCCCACACUGCAUCUUAAAAGUCCUCGACCUGACAAACUGCAGCAUCACUCAGCGAGGAUGCAUUUCAUUGUCUGAGGCACUCAAGGUAACCCCCUCCCAUCUUCAAGAGCUGGACCUGACCUUGAACAAUCUGUCAGAUGAAGGGGUUGAGAUCCUCUCGAAAGGACUGGCCAGCCCAGACUGCACCUUAAAAGUACUCAACCUGACAAAGUGCAGCAUCACUCAGCGAGGAUGCAUUUCAUUGGCUGAGGCACUCAAGGUAACCCCCUCCCAUCUUCAAGAGCUGGACCUCACCUGGAACAAUCUAUCGGAUGAAGGGGUUGAGAUCCUCUCGAAAGGACUGGCCAGCCCACACUGCAUCUUAAAAGUCCUCAGCCUGUCAGGGUGCGGGAUCACGAAGCGAGGGUGCAUUUCACUGGCCGAGGCUCUCAAGUUAAAUCCAUCACAUCUACAAAAGCUGGACUUCUGGGGCAAUCAAAUAGAAGAAGGAAAAAGGGUCUUAUUGGACAUCAAAGAGAAUCCCAGCUAUAGCCUGAAGACGUUGAACUUUAACUGGUGGAUCUUAGAACUAUUUUCAUCUAGGACAUCCACAUAGUCAUUCCAAAUGUUCAUUGUUAGAAGACGUUGAGUCCAUUUGGUCUCCUUCAGAUUUAGUUCAGUCCCAUGUACUCUCCGAUGAUUGCAAGAGCAACCCGUGUCGGCGCCAUGGGUAAAGCGGCCUCGCUCACCGAAUUCGAGGAGGUCGGCGUCGGGAUCUAUGCAGUGACGCCGCUACUGGGAGAUGGAAUUCAAGUGGACGUUCUACGACGAUGCCACUCAACUGCUGGCAGUUGUUUUCAUCAUACGCGGAGAUUAAGGAGGGGCCGGGGCCAUAGCCCCCUGGUGGCCGAACAUGUCAAUCCAUGUAAUUGACUUUCCAAUACUUUGUGUAAGAAUUUAAAAUGGACUUGCAGGUAAAAUGCUGUCCAUAAAAGUUGUAAAGCAAUAAAACAAACAACAAAAAUGAAUGAAAUUAACAAAAAAAAUUAUUUUCAUAAUGGGUAAAAAUUAAUUUUCAAACAGAUCAUUUGACUCGCACCUUAGAGACGGUCAUUUGCUUUGCGUAGCCAAAACCACCUCAGGAUAGAAGAAAUUUCUUUCAAACCUAAGCUUUCAAAAGCGACAAACACUACUGAGCGAGAACCAAGGAUUGAAGAUGUGGACCAUUGAACGCCGGAGAGCACCGCCAAAAUGGUGAGCGGAGUUUCUGUUUGCCCCAUUAAAGAUGCUAAUUGUACAACAGAGCGACCACCGAGCAUACCAUAUUCAAUGGACAACUUCCUUGGCCAGAAGCAUAACUGUCCUAAGCAGCCUGAUUUAGAAUUUUAGAAACGCUAAUUUUCAAUGUAUGAUUAUAAAUAUUCCUAGCCGGAAUAUUGAGUCAAAUGGAUGUAGUCUCCUGUUUUGCCUACCGCCAUUUUCAAACCCACCACGAUGAGGAUUCGUUUCGGAAGGGUGUGGGUGACUGGAAAAACUUGGGAUUAAAUCGGAUAUCUCCGAGGAAUGCGAAAAUUGGUGUCUACUUCUCCACAGAAAAAUGCCCGCUCACACACAGAUGCACACACACAUAGCUGGGAUGCCUGUAUUGAUGAGCAUGGGCUAAGCUACUAACCGAGCAUAUACAGUAUCUUGUAAGUUAAUUACUGACACCGCGUCUCGGGGUCAUCAACAUGCUUUGCCCCCCCUGCCACUCCGCCUAUGGUUUUCAUCCAUUUGUACAGGCAGGGGCCGUCGAAAAGGAUUCAACCAUGUAUUGUUUUUAAAUUGAAAUAUCUUAUUCAAUAUAUAUUGAAACUAGAAACUGCAAUUUCUGGAAAAAUUGCAAUGAGAGCUUUUCUGUGAUGGAUACUGAUCUAAGACACGCCCAGUUGAUUCUGGAGUGUUGAUAUGAGGUUAUUUUCCUGGAAUGCUGUAUUGGGUUUACGCCAAAUAUGUCCUCUGUUUUGGCGUCCAAAUAAUUCAAAUUUAGAUUCAUCAGUACAAAUAACAUUAUUCUAGAAGUCCUGGUCUUUGUCUACAUUCCCUCUGGCAAACUUCAGUCUGGUCUUCAUGUUCUUCUUGGAGAGCAACGGUUUCCCUCUUGCACACCUACCAUCAAGGUUAAAGUGUGUACGAAAGGAGAAAAAAGUCUUGAAUAGCAUUAUUAUGUGAAUUAGGAUCAUAUUUUGAGACGAUUCCACGAUAUACAACAAUUUAGCAAAGCUCAAAUGACGAGACAUUAGUCUUUUAAUCUGCCAGUUAGCCACGCCUACCAUUAUAGGGCUCUAGCGUCCCCAACAGGUGGAUGACGUCAGCGGGAGAAUGGGCUCAUCGGUUGUACUAUUUAGCCCAUUGAGGGGUAAUUGUUCAGAACGAGGAAAACGCGACGAAGAGAGCCGCAAAAUGUAAUUGUUUCAAUCUCUCUACUCUAAUAUUUUACGGGAUAUUCUUUUUAUCCAAGUAUUUUCCCCAAUAGCUAAAUAAAUGGCAUGGUCAUGACAAAUAACAGUC